AUGACUGGAGAUAAGGAUGACUUGAGUUCAACUACCCCUAGUUUGGAUACAACCAAUCCGUUAUACAUGCACCCAUCGGAGAGUGCUGGAACGAUGCUGGUACCGGUCGUAUUAGAUGGAACUAGUUAUAGAUCUUGGAGGAGAGGAGUCCUUGGAGCUUUAUCAGUGAAGAACAAAGUCGGCUUCAUAACUAGAAAGUGUAAGAAACCAGACUCCAAUCACGCAACUUUCGAGCAGUGGGAGCGGUGCGACGACAUAGUGACAUCGUGGAUCCUGAAUUCACUUUCGAAGGAUUUAGUAGACAGUUUGCAAUAUGUCAAUAAUGCUAAGGAGCUAUGA